ACGUCAGUGAAGGCCGUUGAUUGGCUCUCAGCAGUAUCCGGUGGGGCAGCGGUCCAGGGCUCGAGAAAAGAUCGAAGAGAGCAGAAUCUGUUAACGGUACGCUCUGAAAAAUACCUGCUGUCCCCGUCGAAGGGCUCGGUAGGAUUUUACUGUAUCUUGUUAGAGGUCAUAGAACAAGGUUGCCGUUGUCAUCAUGGCUUCUGGAAGCACGAGCAGCGAGGAGGAGCGGAGCCUGAGGGAGUGCGAGCAGUACGUGCAGAAACACAACAUCCAACAGCUGCUGAAGGACUGCAUUGUCCAGCUGUGCACCUCCAGGCCCGACAGGCCCAUGGCCUUCCUCAGAGAGUACUUUGAGAGGCUGGAGAAGGAGGAAGUCAAGCAGAUUCAGAACCAGCAGAAGGCCAGCAGUUCACGCUCAGACUCCCGCGAUGAGGAGGUGUCUCCACCCAUGAACCCCGUGGUGAAGGGUCGCAGACGGAGAGGAGCCUUCAGCGCUGAGGUGUACACAGAGGAGGACGCAGCCUCGUAUGUCAGAAAGGUCAUUCCGAAGGACUACAAGACAAUGGCAGCUUUAGCCAAAGCUAUUGAGAAAAACGUUCUCUUCUCUCACCUGGAUGACAACGAGAGGAGUGACAUAUUUGAUGCCAUGUUUCCAGUCACCUACAUCGCCGGGGAGACCGUUAUUUUGCAGGGUGACGAGGGUGACAAUUUCUACGUUAUAGACCAAGGGGAGAUGGAUGUCUACGUGAACAACGAAUGGGUGACGAGCAUCGGUGAAGGCGGCAGCUUUGGGGAGCUGGCACUGAUCUACGGCACCCCGAGGGCCGCCACCGUCAGAGCCAAGACCAACGUCAAGCUGUGGGGCAUUGACAGAGACAGCUACAGGAGAAUACUCAUGGGAAGCACUUUGAGAAAGAGGAAGAUGUACGAGGAAUUCCUCAGGAAAGUGUCCAUUUUAGAGUCUCUUGACAAGUGGGAGCGCCUGACCGUCGCCGACGCUCUGGAGCCGGUCCAGUUUGAGGACGGCCAAAAGAUAGUUGUGCAGGGUGAACCCGGAGACGAGUUCUUCAUCAUCUUGGAGGGUUCAGCUGCCGUGUUGCAGCGUCGCUCAGAGAACGAGGAAUUUGUGGAAGUGGGGAGAUUAGGACCAUCUGACUACUUUGGUGAGAUCGCUCUGCUGAUGAACCGCCCCCGCGCCGCCACCGUGGUCGCCCGCGGCCCCCUGAAGUGCGUCAAGCUGGACCGGCCUCGCUUCGAGCGCGUCCUGGGCCCGUGUUCAGACAUCCUCAAGCGCAACAUCCAACAGUACAACAGCUUCGUCUCGCUGUCUGUUUGAAGGUGCUCGUCGCCACCCACCCGGCCCCCCCAAUCCUUCCUCCCUCUCUCUGUUCCUCCUUCUAGACCCAGGGUCCACCCACGUGAUUUGCUUUUUGCCACUUUCUUGCCUCCUCCCCCCGCCCCCCUUCCCUCCCCUUUUACUUUCGUGGUUACCGCCCGUCACGCCGAGGUGACUUUUUAGCCGUUCACCAGCGCUUGUACCAGCUGCUGUAACGUUACCGUGUAGGCACAGUUGCAUCACGCUACCUAUGUCAUAUAUCUGCUGGUUCCGCUUUGUUUUAAGACACGCAAAGCUGAGAAGGUUAAGGAGAUGUGGGCUCUCAAAAAAGACAGGACAAUCACAAAAAAAAAAACCUCACACGGCCAAUUUAUUCCACCCGUCGUCCCAUUACACAAGCCCCCAGCAGACGUGACCGUAGAAGACCAAAUGUUGUGGCUUUGAUGCGAUGACUCCUUUUUCAAACGUUUGCUUGGUAGGAUGAAAUAAUAGCGAGGGUGAGGAAUCCCAAAAGUUGACUUUUAGUCUGCAGCUUCCAGGCUGGUGCCAAAUGUUUAUAAAGGUGGAAAUGUUACAUAUUUGGAGCUCAAAACAGAGUGUCUUUUGUUUUUUUAAAACCCUUUUGUCCUAAUCUGUACAACAACUCUACAAGAACUGCCUUGGGGAGAAAUAUCUUUAAAAAAAAAAAAUAAAGUGGAAAAAAAACCAAAAGUAUUGUGUAUUUCAGUAUUGAGGUUUUUUUUUUUUUUUAGUAU